CCACCGAGAAGAAACCACCACCAACCAAUUCACACGCCAUUCCCCGCUCCGCAAGAGGAAGCGUCGCGAAGCAACCAGCCGGCGCCGGCGACGCAGCGGAAUCGAAUCCGACCAGGUCCACCGAUCCUCGCCGAGUCCCCGCUCCGGCCGCCCGACGAUAGGGUCCAUUUCCCUGCCGCCGAUGGCGGAUCCCUGGGCGCGGGAGUACGGCGAGGCGGCGCGGCUGGCCGACGACGUGGGGUCCAUGGUCGCCGAGCGAGGGGCGCUCCCGCAGUCCGGCCCGGAGGCCACGCGGCACGCGUCGGCCAUCCGGAGGAAGAUCACCAUCCUCGGGACCAGGCUCGAGAGCCUCGACGGGCUGCUCGCCAGGGCUCCUCCCAAAUCCGUCACUGACAAGGAGUUGCGUAAGCGCCAGGACAUGCUUUCAACUUUGAAAUCUAGAGCAAAACAGAUGGGCCAAAGUUUCAACAUGUCGACAUUUGCCAACAGGGAGGAUUUGCUUGGUCAGACUAAGAAAACUGCUGAUGACAUAAACAGAGUGGCAGGGUUGGAUAACCAAGGGAUCGUUGGCCUUCAGAGGCAAAUCAUAAAAGAACAAGAUGAAGGACUUGAGAGGCUGGAGGAGACGGUGCUGAGCACAAAACAUAUUGCAUUAGCAGUCAACGAAGAACUUACCCUGCAGACAAGACUGAUUGAAGACUUAGAUGAUCAUGUUGAUGGUACAAACUCGCGCCUCCAGCGUGUGCAAAAGAGGCUUGCGGUUCUGAACAAGCGCGCCAAGGGUGGCUGCUCCUGCAUGUCCCUGCUGCUUUCUGUGGUCGCUAUAGUGAUGCUUGUGGUCAUUGUCUGGCUUCUGAUGAAGUACCUGUAACCUUUGCCAAACUCAAACCACUCUCAAAUGUACAGACUUUCAAAGCUAAUAUGAUUACUUUCGCUUUGCCUCUGUUUUCA